ACAAACAGCCAGUUGGUAUAAAUAGAGUCUGGGAGAGAGAGACAGAGGCGAUAAUCCAAAUCCUUAAUCACAUCUGAUUAAUUUAGAAACUAAAUCCUAACUCAACACCCACCUAUUGUUCUGUCGAAAUUAUUUCCCUUAAUUAGUCUCUUACAUUUACGAUUUCUGGUUCCCCCCUCUCUCUCCCGGCAUCAGCACCACAUUCACUCCUCACAGAUUUUCCUUAAAACCUCGAAAAUCCAAGCUUUACAAUUUGCACGGUUACCCAUAACCUGCCAAGCAUCACAUCUAUGCCUUCCCAUUACGAAACACCAACUUCUGUGUUUCCUUCAACGAUACGGUUCUCAAUUUCCAUGCAAACCAAACACCGAGACCUCGAUCUGUCUUUGUAGCAACUGGGUUUCUUCAAACAAUGGAGCUGGUCGGAGAGACACCGCCGGCGUCAGCGGGGGAGGUGAACUUGUUCGGGAAGUACGAGCUAGGGAAGCUUCUGGGCUACGGCGCUUUUGCCAAGGUGUACCACGCGAGAAACGUGAGCACGGGUCAAAGCGUAGCCAUCAAAGCAGUCAGCAAGGCGAAGGUGAUGAAAGAGGGCUUCGUGGCGCACGUUAAGAGGGAGAUCUCCAUCAUGAGCCGGUUGCGGCAUGCGCACAUAGUCAGGCUCCAUGAAGUUUUGGCCACGAAGGGUAAGGUCUAUUUCGUGAUGGAGUAUGCCAAAGGAGGCGAGUUGUUUACCAAGAUUUCGAAAGGGAGGUUCAGUGAAGAUCUCAGCCGUCGGUAUUUUCAGCAGUUGAUCACAGCCGUCGGUUACUGUCACGCGAGGGGUGUUUUCCACCGUGACUUGAAACCAGAGAAUCUCUUGCUCGACGAGAAUUUUAACUUGAAAAUCACGGAUUUCGGUCUCAGUGCGGUUACGGAACAGGUCCGACCCGACGGGCUGUUGCAUACUUUGUGCGGCACCCCUGCUUACGUGGCACCUGAACUCUUGGCUAAGAAAGGUUACGAUGGAGCUAAGGUGGAUAUUUGGUCAUGCGGUGUCGUUUUGUUUGUCCUGAUUGCUGGUUAUUUGCCUUUUAAUGACACUAAUUUGAUGGCAAUGUACCGGAAGAUUUACAAAGGACAAUAUCGGUGCCCGAAAUGGACGUCUCCUGAUUUGAAGAGGCUGCUGUCUCGGCUUUUGGACACGAACCCCGAGACAAGGAUCACCAUUGAUAUGAUUAUUAAUGAUCCAUGGUUUAAAAAGGGUUUCAAAGAGGAGAAAAAACUUUAUUUAGAUGAAUUUGAUUUCGACAAAGGGUUCGAGGAAGAGGAGAAGUCCUUGAAUGCAUUCGAUAUAAUUUCGUUCUCGUCCGGCUACGAUCUGUCCAGGAUGUUCAAUGAAUCUGAUACUAUGAUAUUAACAGAGAGGUUUGUGUCGGCCGAGAAGCCGGAGAAAGUUAUGGAGAGAAUAGAGGAGGUUGCUAGAAAGGAGGGACUAGAAAUUGCGAAGAGGAAGAAUUGGGGGGCUAAAUUGGAAGGGUGGAAUGGUAAUUUUAUAAUGAUCGUUGAGGUUCACCGGUUAACGGAUCAUCUGGUUAUGAUUGAAGUGAAGGAAAAGAAAUGUAAAAUAGGACCUGGACAGGAAACAUGGGAAGAUAAACUGAAACCACAACUUCGAAGCCUGAUUUAUCAACCGGAACAGGCUGUUUCCGGCAACUAACGGUGACUUAACGUUUGCUGUUACUGUGGUUAGUUAUUAAUCACCAAAUACGGGUAAUUCUUUCUUAAUUACUCGUGAUUUAUGUGUAAAAUAUCAAGGUGGGGUAAACAAUUACCGGGUUCUGUGUAUUUCUUCUUUUUUUCCCGGAAUUUAUCAUCAAUUUGAUAUGGAAAAUCCUCAAGUUGUUUGUGUCU